UUUCCCGACUAUCUAUUUAUAACAUUAUUUGCAAAAUAUUUACUUGACAAGUAAGGCUCUUGAUAGACUUUGAUUGUGUUCGUAGACAUUGGAUUGUCAAUAAAGCGAUGAUUAAUAAAGUGGUUAUAAAUGAAGUUACAAAUAUACUGUAAUGCAUAUCAGACUAAGUCAAGAGUUUUCCGGAGUCAAGUCUUGAGAUUUUAAAAUAAUGUAUUUAUUCUUUAGAUUUGUCAGACUCUGAAACAUUAGAAAUGGACGAGAUGUACACGCUAGAGGAAGAGCUACCACCAGAAAACCGGAGGUCAAGUUUAGAAGAACCUGCUGACAUGCAAGAACAUGAGAAAAAACGUAAACGACCACAACCAUACCGAAGGAGUCAUUCACUUGCAGAAAUUCGUCGGCCGACAGCUAUUUUCAUUCCUGAAAUAAAGCAACCACCAGUACCAGGUCGACCUCGACCAGAUGGAAGACGGGUUUUUCUGUCGUCACUUGUAGUCAGGCCAUUAAAUGUUUUGGAUCAUACUCGUAACGCGGUAGCACCGCCAUAUCAGAGAAAAAGGCCGAAAUUGAGACCACCAGGGAUAGGAUUACCCGACACAUCGGUAAUGAUGCACGAUUUGAACCCGGAAGAAAUGAUGGCUCCAAGGUAUGCCACACCUUACAACCCACAGGACGAUUCAACGCAGGUGAUCUCAAAAUUGCUGGUCUACUACAAUGUGAAGGCAUUUCUAGUACCCGGAUCGGCUGGGACGGGUAAAAGCCAUCCUAUUACUGAAAUUUGUAAGGAAUUGAAUGAAAAAGGUAAACAAGUGAAACUGACAUGCAGCACGGGCAUAGCAUGUGCAGUGUACCCCACCCAUUUAAAACCAAUGACAAUACACAAAUUCACUGGGAUAGAUGAUGGAAGGCAUGAUCCGAAUGAAAUUGUGUCAGUAUUGAAAAACAAUGCCAAGUGUGACAAGAUUAUUGAUGCAAUUAUGACAACAGAUGUAUUAAUAGUAGAUGAAUGUUCUAUGAUAAGUAAACGUACAUUCGAGUCCAUAAAAAAGGUCUGUCAAAUUAAAAAUCCAUGUAAAAUAUUUGGAGGAAUUCAAAUUAUAUUCAGUGGUGACUUUUUUCAGCUCCCACCUGUACCGAACAAAAGGUACAAUGACGAUGGCACAUAUUGUUUCUUAAGUGAGUUCUUUCAAACUUGUUUCUCUCAUACAGUAACAUUAACUCAAAAUGUGCGGCAGGAUGAGGAACUUUUUGUUAAAGUUAUAUCUGAUAUAUAUCAAGGCAAUUUAACUGAAUGUGUCAUAGAAUUUAUGAACAGUGUCAAUAAAUCUUUACCGGGUGGCAGCCUUAAAUUAUUUUCAACCAAUUUAUUAGUGGAUACGUACAAUCAUCAGUGUUUACUGAAUUCUCCUGGAGACUUGUUUGAAUUCAAAGCAACAUACAAUGGGAAUGCAGCAGAACUGAAAUCUUUGACAGUGCCUAAAACAUUAUGGUUGAAGCUUGAAUGUCCAGUGAUUUUGCUGCGAAAUUUAAGUGACACACUUGUGAAUGGGUUGAGAGGAAUAUUGAAGUAUGCUACUGAGACAAAACUGGCAGUGUACUUUCCCAGUUUACAAAAGACACAAACAUUGCAUAAAGAGUCAUUUACAGUGUUUGAUCCAAGGACAAAUUCAGAUAUUGCAAGCAGAAUGCAGUUUCCUGUAAAACCAGCAUUUGCAUUAACAAUUCAUAAAGCACAGGGGAUGACAUUGCCUUGGCUUGAAGCGGACUGCAAUGAUAUAUUUAAGACAGGUCAGCUAGGGGUUGCGAUUUCUAGGGUUAAGUCUUCAAAGGGGUUGCGUGUAAUCAAUUUUCACCCGAGGUACAUAUUUAGCCCACCUGCUGCUAUCAAACAGAUUUCGGAUAUGAAAAGCAAUGGAAUGAUUGAAGACUUUAGCUGUUGUAGAAUGAUAAGUAAUGAAACAGAGCAACUGCUAAUACCAACACCAGUGAAAGCAACAAGCACAAGUAUUCUCUUAGACACUACUAGCGAAGAAAUGGAACUUGAGGAUGACUUCAAUGAUAUACUUGCUUCAAUUGAUAGUGAUGAACAAGAGGUAUUACAGUUUGAAAUUCACAAUAGAUUCAUCAUGAAGAAUAUGCUUGCAGAAAUUGCUUUCAAAAAACCAUUUGGAACUUCUCAGCCAAAAUGUAAUCUUAUAUAUUAUCACAACUUCAUCCUGAAAACCUAAAACUAGUGACUUUUGUAAAAAGAUUAUUCUUAACAUGUUCAAAUAUUUUCAAAGAAUUAAAUAUGGACAGUUUUCAACCUGGUACUUCUAUACCAGAGAGUGUAUUGGCAAUUUUUUUUAAAAAAAUGUAUGAAUAUACACUUGAUGUCCAAUAUACAAUGGAUUGUCUCAGCUUAUUUAAUAUGGGAACAGAUAAUUUGUUUGAAGAAGAACACAAAAUGGUUUGUUACAUGAUUGUGGAAUAUAUUAGAGACUUUAUACUAACACAAAGACUUGAAUUACUACAAACACAAGGAAUGAAUGUUAAUAGAAGGUUUGUUACAGAUGCUUCCCGGUCAAGAAUUCGCUAUGUUGCAGGUUACUGUGUAGCAAA